GGUCCCGUUUGUGGUCCAAUCUUUGGUGGUUUGUUGGCUGAUCACGCACCUACAUGGAGGUGGGUUUAUUGGACAUUCUUGAUCGUUGCAGGGGUGUUUUAUGUUAUUUUUAUUGCCCUUGUUCCUGAAACACAUCAUGGAACUUUGUUGAAAAAGAGAUCAAAGAAGUUGAGAAAAGACACUGGUGAUGAGAGAUAUAGAUGUUUGAGUGAAAUUGAAGUUAGGAAUUUUGUUGAAAUUGCCAAGACAUCCCUUUUAAGGCCAUUUGUAUUGUUGAGUGAAUUGAUUGUAUUUUUGGUCACCAUAUACAUGGCUGUUAUUUAUGGUUUGUUGUACAUGUUCUUUUUUGCUUAUCCUGUCUUGUACAUGGAAGGUAAAGGUUGGUCAGCUUCAAAGACGGGUGUCAUGUUUAUCCCAAUUGGUGGUGGUGUUAUUAUAGCCACAUUGGCAGCACCGCUUUUUAACAAGGACUACAAUAGAAGAGCUCAAAAGUAUAGAGACAGAGGAGAAUUACCACCAGCUGAAUUAAGAUUGAUUCCAAUGAUGAUUUCUUGUUGGUUUGUUCCUGUUGGUCUUUUUGCUUUUGCCUGGUCAUCAUACAGCUGGAUCUCUUGGGCCGGUCCAUGUUUUUCUGGUUUAGGUGUUGGAUUCGGUCUUUGUGGAUUGUACAAUCCAGCCAACAACUACAUUGUUGACUCUUACCAACAUUAUGCAGCUAGUGCAUUGGCAGCAAAAACAUUUGUCAGAUCAGUUUGGGGAGCUUGUGUGCCAUUGUUUACUAUUCAGAUGUACCACACGCUAGGCUAUGAAUGGGCAAGUUCCUUGAUGGCCUUCAUCUCGCUUGCAUGUUGCCUCAUUCCAUACUUAUUUUACAUCUUUGGAGCCAGAAUCAGAACAUACUCCAAAUACGCUUAUUCGCCAAAUAUUGAUACCAAGAAGCCAGAUUUGGAAAGCCAUGGCCACUAA